UUAUUUAUUAAAUGUUUUAGAGAAAGGAUAAUGUUAGAUAAAGGUAUUUUUUGACAGUCACGUGAGAACACUGUUCAAAACAUUGGCCAAAUGCGGUUAGGAAUUCAUUUAAAAUUUGAGGUAUUGAAAAGUUGUCAAUGAACUGUAAACAUAAACUUUGAUGGCAUUGAAAUGGAUUUAAAUAAUACUAGUUUACAUUUUGAUUCUUCAACUGAUGAAGUUUUAUUAUAUGAAGAAGACUCUAAUUUUGCAUUGGCUGAUGAUAGGUAUGUGGAUGAACAUUUCACAGGGGAAUAUGUUGAAUCAGAAUUUCAUGAGAGAAAUACCAUUCUUGUUGAUGGUGGUGAAAAUUUUGGAGUGAGCUCGAUUGCUUUUGAUUCUUUUGAAGAAUUGUUAUGGAUGGGAAAUCAAGGGGGUCAUGUAACUUCGUAUUAUGGGCCAGAUCUACAGAAGUACACAUCAUUUCAAGUUCAUGCUACUGAAGAAAUAAGAUGUAUUUAUUCUACAGAAGGUGGAAUUCUCUGUUUAAGUCCGUCAGUUCUUCGCUAUCAGAUGAGAAGAGGUUUACCAAUAUUUACUCACAGUUCAGAAAAUAUGGUACAAAUGCAAUGCUUGAUUCAAAGGAAACAUGCUCCAGAUUCUAUUUUAAUUGGUGGGCACACUUCUGAAAUAAUUGAAUUUAAUUUGGCUGAAGGAAGAGAAAUUCAGACGAUAAAAGUUGGCAAGGGAGGUUGUGCAAUUAUGCGAGAACAAGGAAGAUUUCUUUGCUGUGGAGAACCUAGCGGCAGUGUGCGGCUUAGAGACCCUCGGACUCUGAAAGUAGAACAUGAAUUAGAGACUCAUAAUGGCAGUCUCUCUGAUUUUGAUGUCCAUGGAAAUCUUUUAGUAUCAUGUGGUUUUUCAAACAGACAGGGCAGCUUAGCUGUUGAUAAUCUACUUCUUGUGUAUGAUUUGAGGAUGCUUCGGUCCGUAGCUCCUAUUUCAGUUCUUCUAGAUCCUCUUCUACUUCGGUUCAUGCCUUCUUUUUCGUCUCGACUUGCAAUAGCCUCUCCAACUGGAACUUUACAGUUUGUUGAAACUGUUACUUUAUCUGAGCCUGACAUGACAGUUUAUCAGGUAAAUUUUGGUGCUGGAAGUAUUUUGACAUCAUUGGAUGUAAGUUCUUCGAGUCAGGCCGUUGGUAUGGGAGAUACCGGGGGCUCGUUGCACCUGAUGGCCUCAUCGCACAACCCAAUCUAUAAUGCCUUCUCAAGACAAACUGAGUUUCCAGAUCCCAUCGAGCCAUACUCAUCAAUUGACAUAAAUGAUACUCUGGCUAUAUAUAGCUCUAUACCGCUUCCUGUUACCUCAGGACCUCUUUUAUCAGAUUGGCCUGAGGAAUUCAUUAAAGUAGCUUAUAGAAGAACACCUCCAAUUGAUCCUGAAAUUCUUCGAACUAUGAAAAUGCAAGGAACAGUGGGAUAUGCUCCUAAUCCAAAUACUAAACGAAGAAAUCAGGUUGCAGAAAGCUACUUGGAUGAUAAAAAUGGAUUAAGUGGAGGUUAUAAUAGAAGAGACGGCAAUAGGGAUGAAGGUGGAUUUUUAGCUAUUCCUAAAAGAUACAGAAAACCUGAUAUGAAGUAUAGUAAAAUUGGUGCUUUAGAUGAGUGUGAUCUUGACCAAUUCAAUAAGACUGCUUUUAGUGGACUUGAGGCUACUCUACCAAACUCGUACUGUAAUGCCAUGAUUCAGAUUUUAUACUUCACUGAUUAUCUUCGUGAAGUUAUCUUUGCUCAUUCCUGUGCUGAUGAAUUCUGUGUUUGUUGUGAGCUUAAUUUUCUAUUCCAUAUGUUAAAGUCUGGAUCUCCUUGUCAUUCUGGAAAUUUGCUUAGGGCAUUACGAUCUGCAAAAGAAGCAUCUGCACUGCGUCUUAUCCUUUCUGAUGCUUCAGCACAAGAAGCUAACUUCUUGUUAUUGAUACAGAGCUGGAACAGAUUUAUUUUACAUCAAAUGCAUUCUGAAUUAUUGGAAAACAAACGGAAAGAAGUCAAGUCCCCAGCAUUUAUUUUUAGAGAUACUGAUUUUCCCAGUAUUGACAUACAAUCUCAAAGAAAAAGGAAAAUAAAGCCUGAGUUUACUGAUGAAAUUAUUGAUGACACAACGAAAGGAGAAACUGAUAUUAGCAAACUAUUUGGCAGUAAACAAACUCAUGUCUGCACUUGCCUUAAAUGUAACAACAAAACUAAUAAAGAAGCAACUGUUUUAGUUCACAAUUUGAUCUAUCCUGAUUCAAAAGGAGAUUCUCACGAAGUUAGCUUUUCUGAAGUUUUGGAGUGGAGUGUUGGGGGUUCUCAGGUAACUCCUGCGUGGUGUGAACCUUGUCAUAAAUUCCAACCAACACUUCAACAAAGGAAAGUUCAGUCUUUACCUCCUAUUUUAACUAUGAAUUGUGGAAAUAAUAGUGAGUCUGACAAGAAGUUUUGGAAGAAUCAAAUGGAUGCAGUUGUGAGAAAAGUAUAUCAGGGCUCUGGCGAUAUGAGAAGUGUUGGUAAACUAUGCAGAUAUGGUUCUUCGUGUAUCAGAGCUGGUUGUAGAUUUAAACAUCCCCAACACAGUACAGAUGGAUCAAUAGCUAGUAUGCCGACUCAUUUGUACUCACUUUAUUCUUGGGUUCCUUUGAGCCUUUGUUUUAAAUUAUCAGAGGAUGGUGUCUUGUCUUUAUCCAAAUUUGAAGAGAGUACAAUUCCUGAACACUCAACUGUUUACGAUUUGUUUGGAGUUGUAUGCUACAUUAAUGACGAAAAGAAAAAUGUAGUUGCCUUGAUUGAUACUAACAAUGGGUCUGAAGAUAGGCAGUCUUCGCAGUGGCAUAUUUUUAAUGAUUUUAGCAUUACAGCUGUUCCUACACAUGAAGCUGUCUGGUUUUCAAUGGAUUGGAAGUUACCAUGUGUGCUUUAUUGGAGGCAAAGAAGUUUAGUCCGUGGUACUGUUCAUCCAGUUGCUAAUAUCAGUGCUGAUAUAUUCCUAACUGGUCCUAAAUGUUCUAGUGUUCUUCCUCUUGGAUCUCAUGAAAUUCCAAAACGAGGUGAUAUAGUAGCUAUGGAUGCAGAAUUUGUUACAUUAAACCAAGAAGAAUCUGAAUUGAGAAGUGAUGGAAAGUUAGCUACCGUGAAACCAUCUCACAUGUCUGUAGCGAGAAUAUCUUGUGUAAGAGGCCAAGGAUCAUUGGAAGGAAUGCCGUUUAUAGAUGACUAUAUUUCUACACAAGAACAAGUUUUUGAUUACCUAACUAAGUUUUCUGGCAUUAAACCAGGAGAUUUGGAUGCAGCUUGCAGUUCCAAGAAUUUGACUACAUUGAAGUCUACUUAUCUUAAGUUACGCUAUUUGAUAGACAAUGGUGUUAAAUUUGUUGGACAUGGUCUCAAGAACGACUUCAGGUAAAUAGAUGGGCAAUAAAUGAUAUAACUAUAUAGCAUAAAAAUCUAUGUAUUGUAUUUUGGAUACUAGAGUACAUUUUAAAACAUAAUUAUAAAAUAAAGUAAUAAAAAAUUAUUUACUGAUCUGCUCACAUCAAAAUUUUAUGUAGUAUAUAAUGUUCCCUUAUUUAAAAGAUUUUCUCCCUGAAAUCGAAUGAUUGACAACUUUGAAAUGCUUAGUUUUUCUAAUUAAGAGUGUUACUGUUUGUUAACAUCUAUUUUGUAAACUUCAUAGUAAUUUUAUUAGUUUUUAGGCCAAUUCUCAUUGUAUAAAAUUGUAAUCUACAGUGGACAGAGUAGUGGCCAGUCUUUUCUAUAAUGUAAUUAUGAUACAGCAACAGUCAUUGAAACUGCAUGCAGCAACUAUCGAGGAAUUAGUUUGCUUAACACAGCAUAUAAAAUUUUUUCCAUUUCCCUGUACAACAGGCUCCUUCUGUAUGUUGAACAGAAACUGGGUGAUUACCCGGCCCAGUAGGUUUACUAUUGAUCAAAUCUUCGCCCGGAGGCAAAUCUCCAUGGUGUUCAUUGAUUUUCAUACUGUCUACGAUACAAUGGUAAGGAGUGAACUCUUAUUGGCCAUGCAUGAACUGGGGCUGCCUAGUAAACUAACUCUAUUAAUAAAAUGCACAAUCUGCCGAGUAAAAUUCUGUGGGUUAUCUGAGCCUUUUGCAGUGGAAAGUGGCCUAAGACAGAGGAACCCAAUAGCUCCUCUCUUGGUUAAUAUUGCUCUACAAGCAAUUGUAAAUAGAGCAGGAUUAAAUCAAGAAGGAACAAUAUUUAUGAAAAUGACCGAAAUUCUGGCCUAUGCAGACGUUGUUGUUAUUGGUAGAUCUCUUCAGAGCAUUAGGAUUGCUUUUGAAGCAAUGGAUGUUGAAGCAAAAAAGAUCGGCGUGCAUAUGAAUUGAGAGAAAACGAAGAUAUUGUUGUUGGGUAAGAAGUCACUGGAUCAGAGACAGUCGCUUGGCUCUAUCAUCAACAAUAACCAGAAUGAAGAAGAAGAGGUUAAAAGCAGAUUACCAGCAGGAAAUAGAGCCUAUUUCUCCAUUUUAAGGUUAAUCAAAAGCUUUAAAUCAAUUUUAAGGUUUACAAGACUCUGAUGAGGCCAAUCGUAAAUCAAAAGCAUUAACCGCUUGAGAGGUUUGAAAUGGUAAUUCUGCUAAGAUUCUUAAGGCCCGUAUGCGAGAAUGGUAAUUGACGAAGAAGGAAAAGCAAUAAGCUGUUAUAAAUAGGCUCUGAAAGCAAUGUAGCAUCUCAUCAUAUAUCAAGAUACAGAGGCUUAAAGGCUUGGCCAUGUGAUGAGGAUGAGCGAGGAAAGAGUGGCUCAUAAAGUGUAUACUAAUGUUCUAGAUAGUGUGCGCCAACGUGGUAGGCUAAAGGGCAAUAGAGGGGGACAGGAUCUGCGACAGCUGAGGAUUCCCGUUACCCUUACAGAAGAUGGUUGACAGCUGUUGAGCAGGCCAAGGGCAGUUUCAUGCGCCUGUUGUCCCAAUAAAAGAAGAAGAUGAAGCAGUCAUAAAAAUAGAAACAUUUACGAUUUUGCAUUAUUUAGUAGUGAACUUGAACUUCCUUCAUGAUUUAUUAAUUAAAUCACAUUCCAUCAAAAUUGAUACUAAUUAUUAAAUUUAAGUUCACUACUAAAUAAUGAAAAUUUAUUAAGACUUGCCACAGAAUUAUUAUAUUAAUAUAUAUUAACUUUUAUGUAGAUGGUUAUUUAUUGUCUAAAUAUUUAUCUUAUUUUAUUUAGAGUCAUCAACUUGAUCGUUCCUCCAGAGCAGGUCAUUGACACAGUGUAUUUAUUCUACUUGCCUCAUCAGAGGAUGGUAUCACUGCGGUUCCUGGCUUGGCAUUUUAUGGGUAAGAUCCAGUGCAGUGCACAAGUUGACUUAACAUUUAACUAUCUGUUUAAUUUUUCCAAUUUUGUUUUCCAUAUUCAAACUUACUAAUGAUCAGGUUUAAUACAUUUUAAUUUGUAUAAUGCCAGUUUAUUGAACAAUUCAUCAAGUACAUUUUUUAUGGAGCUAAAUUUUAAGAAGAUUUUUCUUAAUAUCUAGCUUGUUUAUUACGGAAACAUUAAGAGCACAAUAUUCUGAUUUCAUAGAGGUAAAAUUUGCCCUUUUAAAAUUUAUUUUUAUGAAAUAUUCUGUUAAUUGACAACAUUUUGCAAUAUACUGAUGAUAUAUAUUUGUAUUUUUUUUUUUGUAAUAAUCAGUUUUUUAACAGUCAAAUUUCAAUAUUGAUAUAAAAAUAUCAAUUAUAUAUAUAUUCAAUAUGGAUAUGUUUUUAUCAUCGACAAGAGGGUGCUUUAUUAACCUAUACAUAUGUGACCUGUAGGUACUGCACAGGAGGUACAUCAUGACCCAUAAUAUUUUUUUUUUUUUUUCUUUAGGUUUGAAAAUACAAUCAGAAACUCAUGAUUCCAUAGAAGAUGCUCGUGCUGCAUUAGGAUUAUACAAAAAAUAUCUUGAACUUGAAGCCCAAGG